UAAAGCACUUUUAUUGUACAGCUUUAUAUGUGUGGGUGACGGGUCCGCUUUAACAACAAAGAAUCAGGAUUGUUCCUCCUCGAAUGGUGCAAUAAUCGCCUGCCGUCAUAUUUAGUGGUUACUGAGAUUGCGCCACUGGCGGAAACGUUGCAUCAUCCUCCAUUUCAGUCUGCAACAGUUAGGUAAGGAGCAAACUAAAGAGCAAAUAAUACUGUUAUUUAUGAGUCUGUGUUUCUUAUAAACAGUAAACAUAAUUCUAGAGAUCCUAAUAUUCCUGAAAGAUGCUGAAAUUCCUGAUUAUAAGUGUCCUUUUCAGUGAGAUGCUGGGAGAUCAGAUGCAUAGGGAUAUGAAUGGUCAAGUGUUCUUGUUCCCUGAAGAGUCGGACUAUUCAUAUGUGAAGCUUCUGCCAGAAAAAAACGGCUCCGUCUGCCUAAGAUACUACUCACUGGUUACUAGGGACUUCUCCUUAUUCUCUCUUGCUACCUCUAGUAUUAAUGAUGCUUUCGUCUUGCUCUACUCCCCUGACGAUUAUUUUAUCAUUUCAAUGGGUAACGAAGAUUUAAAUUAUAAUUUAAAAGAAAGGAACGAUGCUGAGUGGAGAAGCGUCUGUGCCAGUUGGGACUCUUCCUCUGGGGUCGUGGAGUUAUGGAUCAAUGGCAAACCAUAUCCAAGAAAGGUGUUCCAAAAGGGUUAUGUUAUAAGUAAAUAUCCUAGUAUCAUAAUUGGGCAGGAGCAGGAGUUAUACGGGAGUUAUUUUAACAUCAAUCAGUCUUUUGUUGGGGAAAUAAGUGAUAUCCACGUGUGGGAUAAAGCUCUGACCUAUCAGAAUAUCUUUGAUGUUCUUACUUACAAUAACCUGACUGGUAAUGUGAUCAACUGGAGGUCUCUGAAGUAUAAAGCUGAAGGGGAUAACUCUGUGCUGCACUGUUUAAAGAGAAUAUAUCACAGCCCUACAUGUAACCGAAAUACUGUGUAAGCUUUGCAUGAGCUAAAUUGCACCAAUGACAAUACAAAGAAAUGAUCAAAUUGGUUGCUAAGGGUAACUGAACCAGAGCCAUUAAAAAGCUAUGUUAGUAAAUCUGCUUUUAGCAUGUAUAAUAAAAAUAUCUCAACUUUUGCCAAUAAUAUCUUUAUUUUUGUAAUUAUAGUCAUUAAAAAGAAUAUUCUAACUUGAUUUCAUUUCAAACUAAUUUAUGCCAUGGGGUAUCUAUAUUAUAUAUAUAUCAGGGGCACAUGUAAAAAAUGCAUUGUCUUCCAUCACAUAUUAUUUGUUCAUCAUCCUUUAUUUAGAUGUGCCAAAACAUUUAGAAGGGCAAUUAUAAAUAUACAUUAUCCACAUUAGUCUCAGGCUGCUAUCACAUUCACACAUUAUGGUCAAUUUCAUUAAAAGCUCAUAAUCCCGCAUGUACCUGUAUGUCUUUGGAGAGUAAAUAAAAGUCGCACUACCCCCACCCCAUAGUACAUAGGUUUGGUCAAUGUUGUAAGUUGUAGCUUAUCCCAGGAACUCUUUAAAAGAACCAUACAGUAAUUGUAGUAUUUGCAGUUAUGACAAAGCAAAACCUUUUGUACAAAGUACACAGUGCUGAGGUUUCUAUGGUAAAUGUACCUGGAGAAUACGUUUCAAAGUUUUAGAUCUUUCACCAGCAGCCUCCAUGAGAUUAUCAACUUUAUCAGGGGGAAUAAUUGAUCAUUAUUAAAACUAUUAGCUAAUCUUUCUAUGUACGUUCCUCUAUGUACGUUUGUAGGGAGGCUGUAAGGUGGAGGACACUGUUCCCCUGUUAUUACAGGAAGGAAGGCCUGCAGAGAAAGUGCUGGGAAAGACGCAGACAGGAAGGAAGGCCUGCAAAAGGAAGUGCUGGGAAAAAAGCAGACAGGAAGGAAGGCCUUCAGAGGAAGUGUUAGGAGAAAAGCAGACAGGAAGGAAGGCCUGCAAAAGGAAGUGUCGGGAAAAAAGCAGCCAGGAAGAGGAAGACCUGCAGGGAAAGUGCUGGGAGAGAAGCAGACAGGAAGUACUGUAAA